UGACCUUGCCCAUGAAGAUGAUCGGUGAUUUGACUUUUCUCAUGAAGAUCAACGGUGACUUGACUUUGCCCAUGAAGAUGAUCGGUGAUUUGACUUUUCUCAUGAAGAUCAACGGUGACUUGACCUUGCCCAUGAAGAUGAUCGGUGACUUGACUUUGCUCAGGAAGAUCAACGGUGACUUGACUUUGCUCAGGAAGAUCAACGGUGACUUGACUUUGCUCAUGAAGAUCAACGGUGACUUGACUUUGCUCAUGAAGAUCAACGGUGAUUUGACUUUGCUCAUGAAGAUGAUCGGUGACUUGACUUUGCUCAUGAAGAUGAUCGGUGACUUGACUUUGCUCAGGAAGAUCAACGGUGAUUUGACUUUUCUCAUGAAGAUGAUCGGUGAUUUGACUUUGCUCAUGAAGAUCAACGGUGACUUGACUUUGCUCAUGAAGAUCAACGGUGACUUGACUUUGCUCAUGAAGAUCAACGGUGACUUGACUUUGCUCAGGAAGAUCAACGGUGACUUGACCUUGCCCAUGAAGAUCAACGGUGACUUGACUUUGCUCAUGAAGAUCAACGGUGACUUGACUUUGCUCAUGAAGAUCAACGGUGACUUGACCUUGCCCAUGAAGAUGAUCGGUGAUUUGACUUUGCUCAUGAAGAUCAACGGUGACUUGACUUUGCUCAUGAAGAUCAACGGUGACUUGACUUUGCUCAUGAAGAUCAACGGUGACUUGACUUUGCUCAGGAAGAUCAACGGUGACUUGACCUUGCCCAUGAAGAUCAACGGUGACUUGACUUUGCUCAUGAAGAUCAACGGUGACUUGACUUUGCUCAUGAAGAUCAACGGUGACUUGACUUUGCUCAUGAAGAUCAACGGUGACUUGACUUUGCUCAUGAAGAUCAACGGUGACUUGACUUUGCUCAUGAAGAUCAACGGUGACUUGACUUUGCUCAGGAAGAUCAACGGUGACUUGACCUUGCCCAUGAAGAUGAUCGGUGACUUGACUUUGCUCAUGAAGAUCAUUGGUGACUUGACUUGUCUCCUGAGGUCUAAUUGUGGUAGUGCUUGA